GGUAGCGUCUGUUGCAGUUACCGACCGCCUUAAAACUUAAUUUCCCAUAUCUAGGUAGCUUUGUCUCAGUCUGAGCCAAGGCUACCAACUCAUACGCCCCUUAUUGUGCACAUUAGGCUCUAUCGUCACAUCCACCCCCAUCAAGGUCCGUAGAGUAAAACUCUUUCUAUGUGCAUUGGCUACUCCCUCCGAUCUUACGUUUCAAUCGAUCAAUCAAUUAUCUAAGCUCUAUCUACCUCUUUCACUUGACUCCAAGCGUGGUCUCAAACAAGCACAAUGUCACCUACCCCGCAAGAAACACAAGAAACAGACGAAGCAAUCUACUUCCAGGAUCCUCUGGCACUUCUACACUACCUCUACGACGAUCUCAGACGCUUCUCUAAGGUCGUCUCCGCGGACAUAGUCCUGCACCCCUUCUAUUCGCAUAGCGCAUCGAUAUACGGGAUUGCAGCCGUGCAAGCAUGGGAAGAAGCCCUUGUCGCGGCGACUGACUGUACAUUGAGCAUGGAUGUUGGGUCUAUAUCUUUUGAUGGAGACUAUGCUACCGUCGACGGCGUGUUGCGGGCGCGUAAAAAGGGGUUGGAAGAUCUGGAGGUGGGAUUCCGGGGACGCUGGAGAUUUGCGGAGGGUGUGCCUGUGGAACAUUGGGAGAAUGUGCUUGGGGGUGCGAAGGGCGCUACUGUGAAGUGGUUUGAGGAUGCGGGUUGGAAAUGCCCUGGGGUUGGCAGUGGUGUAAGUGGUAUGGGGGAUACGUGUACACCGUAAUAGUUUCAGGUGGGUUGGUCCCGGAGUGAGUAGAAGGUCAGUCACAGUCAAGUAGGUAGGUAGAAGGGAUAGUAUAGGCGUCAAUAAUCAUUGAAUCCUGAA